AAUUAGACCUGGCAACCCUGUUUGUAUGCGAUGUGUGCCAUCCAUGAACGGGCAUUUUACAUAGCAUUCCCUUUUUUAAACAGUUAUUUGUUCCUGUGAGGUGCACUGUACACAGCUUCCUACAGCAGAAACACUGAGCUGAUCAACCUGAAAGUGAGCGUUCGGUGGUUAUUUGGAAAGCAAACUCUUGCUAUUUGUUCCCAUGUGGUGGUGUGCAGCUUCAAAGUGCAGAAAAAUAGCAGUCAUCAACCUCCUACUACAGUCCUGUUAUUAGGAAAGGCAGCAUGGCUUUCAGAAUCUCUGAAUCGAAAAAAGAACACAGAAAAAGAAAAGUUACAGAGGAAGGAAGAGUGUUUAAAGAAAAUUGGACAGAAGAGUACUUUUUUGUUGAGGCAAACAGUAAAGCACUCUGCUUAAUUUGUGGUGAAUAUGUGCAAGUUUUCAAAGACUAUAAUUUAAAAAGGCAUUAUAUGCAAAAACAUGCUGCAAAAUUCUCUGUGUAUCAAGGAAUGUGUCGUAAGGACAAAGCAAUGGAACUUAAGAAAAGUCUGUCUUCUCAACAAAAUUUAUUUAAAAAAGUUAUUACUCAGACAGAAUCUAUUGUAAAAGCUAGUUAUGUGGUAACAUAUUUAAUAGCAAAAAAAUCAAAACCAUUUACUGAUGGUGAGUUUAUUAAGCAAUGUAUGGAAAGUGUGGCAGACAUAAUUUGCCCUGAAAAAAAAGGGGAUAUUUCUAAAAUAAGUUUGUCACACCAGACUAUAGCCAGGCGAACAGAAGACAUUGGAAAAUCUGUUGAAAGAUGUUUGAAGAGUAAAGCUGCUAAAUUUAAAUAUUAUGCUUUGGCAGUGGAUGAAAGCACUGAUGCUACAGAUACGGCUCAACUUGCCAUUUUUAUGAGAGGUAUUGAUAAUGAAUAUAAUGUUACUGAAGAGAUGGCUUCUUUAGUGCCAUUAAAAGACACAACUAAAUCAAGAGAUUUAUAUGAAGCAGUAAAAAAUAUGUUAAAUAGAUAUUCUCUGUCUUUUGUAAACAUAUCUGGUAUAGUUACUGAUGGUGCCCCAGCAAUGGUAGGUAGAAGAGAGGGACUUGUAAAAUUAAUAGAAAAUGAUGCAAUUGCUGCCAAAAACUCACAUUUAAUGAAGUAUCAUUGCAUAGUACAUCAAGAAAAUUUAUGUGCAAAAGCUUUAAAAAUGGAUAACAUCAUGCAAAUAGUGAUAAAGGCUGUGAAUUUCAUAAGGGCCAAGGGCUUGAAUCAUCGCCAGUUCCAGGAAUUUCUUAGAAGUAUAGAUGCUGACUGUGGUGAUGUCAUUUACUUCUCAGAAGUAAGAUGGCUAAGUCGAGGCCAAAUGUUGAAAAGAUUUUAUGAUUUGCGACAUGAAGUAAAGUCAUUUAUGGUAUCAAAAGCAAAAUGUGUGCCUGAACUUGAUGAUGAAAACUGGCUUACAGAUUUAGCAUUUUUAGUGGAUUUGACCUCCCAUUUGAAUGACUUAAAUAUGCGUCUUCAAGGUAAAAACCAGCUUAUCAACACAAUGUUCCAAGGCAUAACAGCAUUCCAAACGAAACUAAAAUUAUGGGAAGAUCAAAUUAAGGCAAACAAUUUUAUGCAUUUCAACACAUUGGCCAAACAUGUUCCUGUGAACACUGAAAAAUAUGCAGCCUUGCUUUAUGAUUUGAUACAAGAAUUUGAAAAACGUUUUCAGGAUUUCAGGGAAAAUAAACAACAUUUUGCUAUAUUUGCAACACCAUUUUCAGUUGACAUAAAUAUGUUACCUGCCAAUUUUCAAAUGGAAUGCAUUGAGCUGCAAUCUGACUUCCAGCUUAAGGAAAAAUUUGAUCAUGUGUCUUUACUGGACUUUUAUAGGUCCUAUCUUCCCAGAGAUAAAUAUCCCUCACUGCACAACCAUGCCUUAUUCAUGUCAUCACUUUUUGGCAGCACCUAUAUUUGUGAGCAACUUUUUUCAAGAAUGAAGCACACUAAGAGUAAAAUUAGAACCAAAUUAUCUGAUGAGCACCUUGAAAAUUCACUGAGAAUUGCAACUACUUCAAUGGAACCAGAUAUUGAUGCAUUAGUUUAUCAAACACAAUGUCAAAAAUCCCACUAGGAUGGCUUAAUUUGCUCUCUUUUCUUUUACUUUUUUUGUAAACUUUACUCUUACAGUUAUCAUCUUUUUUGCAUUGUAAAAACAUAUAUUUGCUUCACAUUGCAUGUGUAGACAACUUAAGGAAAACUUUGACUAUGUGUCUUUACUGGACUUUUAUAGGUCCUAUCUUCCCAGAGAUAAAUAUCCCUCACUUCACAACCAUGCCUUAUUCCUGUCAUCACGUUUUGGCAGCACCUAUAUUUGUGAGCAACUUUUUUCAAGAAUGAAGCACACUAAGAGUAAAAUUAGAACCAAAUUAUCUGAUGAGCACCUUGAAUAUUCACUGAGAAUUGCAACUACUUCUAAUCUAAUGCAUCAAUAUCUGGUUCCAUUGAGCAGUAGUUUAUCAAGUCAAGUGCAAUGUCAAAAAUUCCAUUAGGAUGGUUUGU